AUAUUAUCGUUCUCUCACAUUCUUUCAAACACUCUUUCAUUCAAAACCAAUCCUUUCUUUUCUCAAAACACAAAAAUGGCACCAAAGGCCGAGAAAAAACCGGCAGCCGAGAAGAAACCAGUCGCCGAGAAAGCCCCAAAACCCAAGGCCGAGAAGAAGAUUCCCCCAAAAGACGCAUCCUCUGCAGACAAGAAGAAAAAGAGGCACAAGAAAUCGGUGGAGACGUACAAGAUUUACAUCUUCAAGGUCCUCAAACAGGUCCAUCCCGAUAUCGGGAUCUCCAGCAAGGCCAUGGGAAUCAUGAACUCGUUCAUCAACGACAUCUUCGAGAAGCUCGCGCAGGAGGCCGCCAAGCUGGCCAGGUACAACAAGAAGAACACCCUUUCUUCCCGUGAGAUCCAGACCGCCGUCAGACUCGUUCUUCCCGGCGAGUUGGCCAAACACGCCGUCUCCGAGGGUACCAAGGCCGUUACCAAGUUUACAAGCGGUUAGAUGAAAUAUAAGUUUUAAUUGUUGAUGUAGGUAGAAGAAAUUAGCCAUUUUAGAUUGGAAGUAACUAAAAAUAUCCUGCAAUUUGAUUUAUAUGUUUCCAUUAUAUUAGAUUUAGGAUUUAGGAAGAAGAAAUUGUUGAGUUUAGAUCAGAAUUUAGAAGUACCUAAAAAAAUGUCUUGUGUAUUCUCCUGUUAUUUGGUAUGAAUAUGAAACAGUUUGUGUUUUUUAUUUUA